CACACACUGUUAUGCAAUACAUACACAACACGUGACACACAAUUGCCGUAUGAUUUGAAUCACGUGUCAAACGUUAGGGGCUUUUAAAUUGAAGGACAGGUUAUGUAAUCGCGAAUUGAGUGCAGAAUUGAGUGAUAGGUUGGCAUCGAUUGACACAAUAAGCGGUGUUUUGAGUGAAUGUAUUGUUUGCGCAAAACGUUAGCGAAUCACGAAUUGAGCGCACGUUUAGUCCGUUUCUCGCAUACAAUGCUAUUCACGGGUCAGUCCGACCGCUACAGAGGUCUUCACAUCGAGUUACGCAAUGACUCACAGUUGACACACGUGUCCACUCAUGAGUUCGAGUCUUCGCUCAAAGACGCCAUUGAGCGCUGGACUCGCGAGGAAUACCGGGUUUCGUGGUUUCAAAUUGGACUCAAUUUAACGCAUUUUAUUCCCGCUUUAGUCAAAUUUGGUUACGUUUUCCAUCACUCGAAGACUGAUUACGUGGUUAUGAAUAAGUGGUUGUCGACAACAGAGCCCAAGAAUAUUCCCGAUUAUGCCUUCACUAACGUCGGCGUCGGCGGUCUUGUGAUCGACGAUAACGACAGGGUUUUGGUGGUGAAGGAGAAGCACUUCUUCGGCAAUCAGCAAAUGUGGAAAUUUCCCGGCGGUUACGCCAUUCAGGGCGAGGACUUCGGACAGACAGCCGUACGGGAAGUGCUCGAAGAGACGGGUAUUGAGUGCGAGUUUCAGUCUGUGAUAUCCUUCAGACACAUCCAUAAGUUUGCCUUCGAUUGCAGCGAUAUAUACAUUGUCUGCCAUUUGAAACCAGUGACACAUAAGGCCAACAAUUCCGACGCUGACAGUACCGCCACCGACAGCACCGGCAGUGGUCUGGCAGUGAAGAAGUGUGAGUAUGAGAUCGACGACUGCCAGUGGAUGGCUAUCGAUGAGCUGAAGCCACAGUUGUCUCAAUUCAAUGCUUACAUAAUCGACAGAUAUCUAUCGAACCGCGCGAAUGGCGUUAAGAUUAGUUUAGAGUCCAUUCCGUCUAUAAUCAAGAAUAUUAAUCAACAAACGUAUUGCGUUCACAAACAACUUUAA